GCAUUAUUAUUUGCGAGUAAAUCCCCAGACUACUAAAUAACCUCAACAGCUACCAAACACUCGCUUCGCGCACUCUUUCUCAAUCGCCGUUUCUCUCUCAUUCUCGAAUCUCCAGAAUCCGGCCAACAUGCAUAGACAAUCACUCGGCUCAUCGGGAUCGAAGUUACACCUUGCACAUGGAGUCGUCCUCGUCGGCGGCAGCAGGGACGAAUCCGCCGUCGUGACGGCGGCAGAGUCUCAGAAGAUAAUGGCGAAGGACCAAGCCUCUCCGUCGUCACUCUCUAACAACUACGAUGAAGGAGAAGAACAAGUACGCAAGUCAAUCAAGGCUCUUAACAAGUCAUUGUCUAGAGCUGAGAAGUACAUUCACCUCAUUCCUGUUCUCACAUUUCUCUGCUUCUUCAUCCUCUAUCUAUUCUCUCACAGUCCGUCUGAUAAAGAUUUAGCUCAAUUUCAAGGAUUUGAAGGCUUCGCUAAGCGUAUAGAAUCAGCAAAUAUUGACGACGAGUUGCAGAGAGUAUUAGAAACUAAAAAACCGGAAGUUUUAGCGAUCCGAAGCGUAAGGAACUUGCAAGAGAUUGAUAGACAGGAUUCAAAUCAUCGGCGCCACCGAAAACUCGCCGAUUUUUAAGCCGCUGUUUGUGCUUCUUACUCUUCUUUAUUCUCCGUAUAUUACUCAACCACCUAUUCAUGGCGAAUUCACCUUCGGCGGAGCUUCUCUCACGUGCGUAACUCGUUUCCUUGCCAAUUUUACCGUUUCAUUAUUACCACGCCUGUGUGCAUGUGAAUUUCUUAUACUAGUAAUUUUGGCUGUUUUGAACAAAAUCAAAUUUACCGGUGAAGUACUCUGUAAAUAUUUUACUUUACUAUAUAUGAUGUACCAAAAAAGCAAAAUAUUCACUUCCAAGUUUUGGAUACGUUAAAUGGAAAUUUCUGAGCUGGAGCUGGAAACUAGAAAGGAAAAUAUCAAAAUUUGUGUUUGUAUAGAGUUAUAAGUUAUAACAAAAGAUCUUCGGUGAAA